CAGUUCCAAUGCGAUGUAUUUACCAGCAGGAGUAAUGAAACGGGGAGAGGGGCAUUUUCCGCAGCUUAUUGGUGAGACCGCAAAAGACUAGCGCACAGAAAGGACAGACACAAACUUUCGGACAGAGGACCAAAACGUCAUUUAUGUCCUUUUGAAACCGUCUGAAGCCUUUUUAUUCUGUUUCUUUGUCCAGCAGCCAAACGAUACUUUGUCGCAGUUCGCUGGAAGUGAUUUUCUGGGCAAUGGUGAAGAGAGGGACAAAUUUUGCGGAAUUCUCGCCUUUACCUGUGUUUUCCUCCCUAAACUUCACUCCGGAGAGGAAACACUGAGUUGAAUCCUGCUUGAGCCAUUAAGUGAAGCAGCCAGAGGGGCUUCAGCUGCCCUGCACCACUGGAGCCUUCAAUAAUGUCGGGGCCAACACACCACAACCGGCUCCAUCGCUUCUGACCCAACAUGGAGCUCAAGGUCUGGGUGGAUGGAGUCCAGAGGGUCGUCUGUGGGGUCACCGAGGCAACCACCUGCCAAGAAGUGGUGAUUGCUCUGGCUCAGGCCAUAGGUCGCACUGGGAGAUACACUCUGGUAGAAAAGUGGCGGGACACCGAGCGUCACCUGGCCCCUCAUGAGAGCCCUGUGGCCUCUCUGAACACCUGGGGCCAGUAUGCUGGUGACGUCCAGCUGAUCCUGCACCGCACAGGCCCCUCCCUGACCGAACGACCCCCCUCUGAAGGACCCCCUCUCAGGGGGCCUGAACGUGGGCUGCAUCGACAGAGCCUCCCUCCCCUUGCAAAGCUUCGUCAUCCCAACGAUCGCUCCCUCCGCCGCCGUGAGCCGCGCCGCAAAUCUCUGACGUUCACCGGUGCACCCAGAGGCCUUAGGGAGAUCCUGAGCGGAGGCCGAACCGGCGAGGCUGAGGCUAAGCGAAGGCUCCUUCUUGGAAAUGGUGGGAAUCACCACCAUGCAGGACCGGCCAUUGGGACUGCAUCACCUGGCCUGUGGGCCUGUCGCAUGGAAGAUCUGGUCAGACUGGUCGGUCUGCAGAGAGAGACUCUCAAUGUGCUGGAGAAAAAGCUGGAGGCCUAUGAGGCCGAGCUGCAGGCCUGGGCUGAAGGGCGAGGGGGGCGAGGCGGAGGGUGUAUUGGGGACCCAGGUGGAGGAGGAGGACUGAUAGAGGAGAUCCUGAGGUUGGAAAAGCAUCUGAGGAAGAACGACGUGGAGAUGGAGGAGGAGGAGUUUUGGGCCACUGAGCUGCAGAUUGAGCUGGAAAGUGAGAGACAGCUGGAGGAAAGACUGCAGGAGCUUAGAGGACGCCUGCAGGGCUGCGAAAUGGAGAUUGAAGAAAAGCUGGCAAUGGUACAGGGUGUGGAGGCAGGCCUGGAAGAGGAGCGGCUGCAGAGGGAGCGGCAGGAGACCCAGUGGGUCAGUGAGGCAGAGGCUCGGGCUCAAGUGCUCCGGGUCAAAGCAGAACUGAAAGCCCAGGAGAGACAGGCUGUCCAGCUGGAGAGCAGCUGCAGAGCUGUGGACAGGUCACUCGGACAAAGCAGCAAGAAACUGCAGGUGAGACAUAUGCAGGACAUGCAGCACGAGCUGGAACAGCUGACCAAGGAGCUGAGGCAGGUUAACCUGCAGCAGUUUAUCAAGCAGACUGGCACCAAGGUCACAGUGCUGCCUGCUGAACCCACUGAAGAUGAAAGUACUCACAACAGUCAUGGUAUAGACUUAGUCCCCCUGACUGGCUCCCUGAAGCGUCCCGUGUCGUCGCACCCAAUGUCCAGUCACCUGCGGGUACUCCACAGCCCUCUCACUUCAGGCCUGAACCCAGAGGGCAUCUAUGUGUGAGGCGGCUCUGCUCGGAGGGAACCCGUUGCGUCCCCCCUCUCAGAGCCCAUUUCACUCCAGAACAAAUUUGUAAGUGGAUAUCUUUGUACAGGAUACCUCAGUAGCACACUACUAUGCACUGUUGUCUCAACUACCUGAGGGCAGCCUCGAGUGUGAAGACUCAAAUAGUGAAGGAACAAUGUCGAUCUUGAAAUGGAAGUCGUGGAGCACUUGGUGAAUGAUGGUUAGAAGGCAUGACGACAAAACACAGUGGUGCACAGUCUCUGAACUUAUUAAGACUUUCUAAACAUCAGGCGGUCGUGGACUUCCUUUAUAAGCAUAUCCACUUAAUGUACUUUUACUCUCACUUUAGUACCUGCUGAAUGAUUUGUAUUGGUUUCUCACUAGCAUCAUGGUUUAAAACUAUUGCCUUUUGAACAGUAUUCUUGAGAAUCUUGGUAUGUGAAUCUAUGAACUAUAUCUCUACAACCGUAUGUAAUUUCUGCAGUGAAUACCCAGCGUAAUGACUGGCUCUUAAAUAAGUAAUGAAGGAUCCACUUGUGUCUCUAGUAAACUGUCUAGAAUCUAUCGUUUUGCAUAUCAGAAUUUAUUCCUGUAGUCUGUUCAUGUUUAAACUAUGCACAAAUGGUUAAUAGUUUUGUUACUGAAGAAUGUUACUGUCUGUCUGUACCAAAAUGAUGGCUUACUGUAAAUAUGUUUUGUUACUUUCCAGCUUUAUUUAGUGAAUUAUUAUAUUUUAUUACAAAGCGGUGCAGUCACAGUUACAGAAGUGCAGUGCCCUCAUUCCCGCAGUAAUAUCUGCAUAAUGAAACAGUGUUAAUUGCCCUCUUAAGCUGAUUUCUGUCGUUAAAUGACUACACAGUAUAUUUUUGCCAAAUGUAUUAUGCUUGUUUUUCCUGUAAGGAUCGGCGGCCAAAGAUUAGCGGGUCUUGUUGCAUGAUUGUCUCGUUAAUAUAGCCAUAUCUGGAUGUGCAGAGCACCCACAGUGCAGUAAAUCAGUUAGUGGAAUCUAAAAACGGUGGCAUGUAAUAAUACUAUGGAUAGCUACAGCUACAGUGUGUGUGAGAGUGUGAGUGAGUGAGCCAGUGAUUAAAGAGAUGUGUGUGUGUGUGUGUGUGUGUGUGUGUGCUGAGUCAGAAUAGCCAAGGUUUUGAAGCCCCUCUUAGGAUGUAGUUCCGCUGCUAAUCACAUCAAAGUGCCUUAUAUCCAUUCCACAGUUGGUGUAUUCAAAUAAUGUACAGUAAAGCUUUAGUAGAGACAUUGAAGCAAUGGUUGUAGUCAGUUUAGAUCAGAUGUCGCUCGAUGUAUUAGUGCCACUCGCUGCACAGAGAGAAAUGGCAAUAGCACAGCAUCAAAGAGGAAACUAUAAUUAUGUUAUAUCUGUCUGUAUUUUGUAGAAAUGUCAAUGGAAAGAACAUUAUUGAUAGGGCUUUCCACUCUGCUACUGUAUUAUUGUCACCAUAAUACGAUGUGCCGUAAAACUCAUUCACAUUUAAUCUGAUUCAUGUCAUCAUGCGACACAUACUGUAUACUGUCACCAGUUUAGAUGAGUACAGUCACGCAGGAAUAAAUAGUUGAAGAGAAGUCCACCCUGUAGCGACAAACACAUCAUCACUCCAGUUUGUCUCUCUGUUUUUUAGUUAACAGAGAGACCUCGUUUAAAAGUCUUAGGUUUAAGAGUAAUGAAUAAUCUACGAUAGUCUGUAUAUUGGGGUGUACUUUCCCUUUAAGAAACCACUUGUGUGCAUUCUCCACCCUGGGAUGAGACGUAGCUGUGGUCACUGUUUACAACUGUAUUCGUUCUAGAGAACCGUAAGAUGUCGACUGUACAUAACCUGUUUUUAUUUUUUUUUCCUGCCUUAAUAUACUGCAAAGUGUUGACAGAUGUAUGGCUGUAACUGGCUGCUGAUAUGACAUGGAUUGCAUGAUUCAAUAAACCAUCUGACAAAGU